GGGCAAACACUUGUGUAUCCGGUAUGCAGUUCUGAAACGGGAACAGAUGCAGUUGAAGACAAGGAUGUUUUUCAGAAUAUUUAUGAUGCUCAGCAGCCAUACCAGAAUAUGAGGCCUCUAGAGGAGAAGCCAUGGAGGAGACCAGGGGCUGAUAUCUCUAAUUACUUUAACUAUGGUUUUGAUGAAGAAAGCUGGAGGGCAUACUGCGCUAAGCAAUACAAAGUACAAGCCUUUCAAAGACAUAUUACUAAAGUCAUGAGGCAGCAGGCUGAAUAUGAAGAAGCAGCGUCUCGGCGAUCUGCAUCAGGAAGACCAUCUCAGAAAUUCAGCAGAAGAAAGAAAGCUAAAUGUACAAGGAGAAGAGGCAGAGCUGGGAGCAGAAGCAAAGCGGAAGCGUGCCUUUUUGGCAGCAAUGCUGCCAAAUAUACUCAGGAGGCUGGUGGGAUUACCCACAAGAAGACCAAUGUUGCCAAUUUCGAUUUGCAUCAUUCACUGAAUGUCAACACUCUGCUCCCCUUUGUGCCUCCACAAUCUUCUUCUUUCCAGCUGUAUCAACCUGUGUCCUCCUCUAGCAUGCUGGGCAGCGGUAACACUGGAAACUUUGAUCAGCCCUCAACUUCAUCGAAUGCUGAUUUUGUAGGGAGAGGAAGGAAGCCAGUGGAGCGCAGGGAGCAUGUGAAGAGACGUCACAGAAUUGGGGGAGUCACUGGUAAAAAGAAGCAGAGAGAUGAAAAGGAGAGAGCCCAAAGAAACAUCAAGGAUUAAAACUCACAUAUUCCCAAAGAGUAAAGAUGAAAUGAUAAAAAAAAGAUCUAUCAUUGAAUUAUCUCUUUACUUUUAGUAUCAGCAGGCAUAGGGACAUAAGUGGGAAAAAUGACAGCGAGGAAAGGAAGACAAGAAACUAUAAAGCAAAGGCCAAAUAUGUUGAAAGGCCUUGGAAAGCAACUCUACUAUCUAAGAAAAGAAAUGAAUAUUUUAAUGAGCAUAUGACUAACAAAUCUGCUUGAAAAGAAUUAUCUCUAAAGGUUUUAGAUUGUAAAAUUGAUUAUUUUUUUCUCUUUAUAAUCCUCUAAGUUCUCUGCUUAUUGUUAAUUUUCUGGUUGUAGCUGUUUGAAUCCAUGUGAAAUCGAAAAGUCUGAACUCUUUUUGCCAAAUGAUUUUUAUUGAGCCUUUUACCAUCAGAUAUACUACACAGACCGAAGCGUGACAGACAGAACCACAGUAAAGAGACCUCAGGCCAUCCACUGUUACACAGAAACCUACUCAAUUUUUUUCUUGAAAGUAAGAAAAUUAGUAAGGCCUCCACAAAUGUUCUUAUUUAAAUGUUAUUUGUUUACAUGUUAUGAACACAUUGAUCCUUUAUUUUUUUCAUACAUUUUCUUUGUCAGUGGUUUUCAAUAACUUAGCCAUAGCUUCUGAGACAACAGAAAAAAACCUCACAGACUACUACUUGGCAACGUGUCUUCAGCUCAAUGGAUGAAGAUGACAACCACUGUCAGUACAAACAUAAUAAAGCCUACGUUUAAAGGCCGUACGACAAACAGAAGAAACAUAUUACAAGUGCUUGGUUCAGUAGGUUUUUUUAUAGACACCCAACAUUUACGUAAAGAAAUGUGAGUCCAGCUUAACGCAUAUCCUAAUAUGUAUCUAUUGAAAUUGGCAACAAGUCUUGUCUCCAUUCAGUCCUUCCACCCCACUCACUGGAUGCUGUUCAAGAUGCAGACAAUGUCCUUUAAAUGUUCAGCCAGUUUAGAAUUUCCGUAGGGGCAAGUCAUCCUUCUGGUAACAGUCCAGUCUCUUAUCUGUACCCCUGCAAAGUCCUGGCAAAGUCCUUCAGCCCAUCUGCAGUGAGGUAUCCACACAGCCACAGCACAGUCAUGAGCUCCUCUCCCACACAGCAAGCUUAGGGUGGUCGGCCAGUCUACAGUUCUGCCUUCCACAUUCCUUGUCAUUGCCGAUAAAGCGGUGCUGGAUGGCUUAGAGCACCGUUACAGCAGACUGCCAGGCCAAGACACGAUGGUCAGAGUGAUUCUGCCCCGGAGCUCCUUCAGAAGACGAACCAGAGCUGUGUGCGUCAUCCCCCAUGUGCUCUUCCCGUUCACCUCAAGCAAGAUGUCCCCACAUCUUCAAAGACAGACAUAACAAACCUUUCUUAAUUAAUUUGUCACAUCGAAGGGAAUCUGAAAUAUUUUUUUAAUGGGCUGCAGUAUUUAAAUAUACCUUAUCCUGCCAUCAUUGUAGGCUGGUGUUCCCUCCACGAUGGAGCGGAUAAAAAAAGAUUGAUUGCAGUUGACCUCCUCCUGACCUCCCACAAUGCUGAAGCCCAGACUGCCCGAUGUAUUCCGCCGCAGGACGAUGUCUUUGCAGCAGUAGAGAUGUCUGCAGGAGCCAAGAAGAAGAUUAAGCACACUAAUCUCUUAGUUGAACCUUUCAAUUACAAACAGUACAUCUUUCUAGAGUAUGUAUGCAGCAGAAAAGCUAAUAAAGCCGACCCUCCAACUUCAGUGGAUCACAGCUUAAUGGAAAAAAAAGUCAUAGCCUUGAAAUAUUUACAAUUUGCCACAUUAACACAACUAAUUUUUUAUUGGGUUUUUAUGCGAUAAGCCAAACUAAAGUAGUACACAAAUCGAUUAGUGAAAGGAUACAUUGCUUUAUUUAUAACAUUUAGUACUUGUUACCACAUUCUAAUGAGCUUGUUAAAGGGAAAACACAUCAAAAUUGCUUUUUAGUUUUGUAUAAGCAAGAAGAGUGGCUGUUUAUUAGUGUCAGAGCAAGGCUGUUACCAUGACAACGUAAAAGCCUCUUAUAUAACAUUAAUAAAAGCCUUUAGUCCUUGCAGGUUUAAUGAUUUAUUAGUAUUGAAUAUAAAAAAAAAUAAUAAUAAUGAUAGUUUCUUUCCUACUGCUUCUGUCAAAACGUCAGGGUUCACCAGCUGGCAGAGGUUAAAAAAUAGACCUGUUCAAGCUGCGUGAACUGUCCUUAAAAAUAUCUAUAGUGAAGACUAAGGUCACAGCAGGGUGCUUACCUGGGAAGCUGCAGCCACGAGACCCACAGUGGGGAGUAAUCGUCAUUAGGUAGUGGGCUCUUGGUGCUCUCUGUUGGGGACGGCGUGAGACAAGGCGGCAAUGUGCACUCCUGCAUGCUGUCCUCUGGUGGACGCAUCUCCAAGACCUUGAGCACGACAGGAGACGAGGUGUUCUUCAAGUUGGCCACGGCCUCACCUCGUGUCACCCCUGUCAAUUCCAUGCCGUUCACGUUCAGCAAAAUGUCACCUAUUGGUGGGAAAGAGGUGACAGCAGAGCUUAUCGUCACUACAGCAUUAGUGCCCUGAUAUCUUCUUUGGAAAGACAUCAUAGAACCUGCGCAGCUCUUCUCCCUGCUUAAUAUUCACCAUACUUGCAGCUGGAUUACAAAGAGAGUGAAACCAAAGGCCAGCUGGGUUUUUGAAGCCUGCUAAUGAUGAAAGUGAUGCAAAGCUGGACAGCGCAAACCAGCUUGCUAGUAAGCAACACAAAAGACACAUUUGCCCUGCGAGAAAACGCAAAUGAAUGCACCGUCACAAUCACACAGAGACAGCUGCUGCUGCUGUGUCCCCGACGAAUACAGUAAUGUGCACCUUGAACCGUACACAAGGCAAAAGACUUAUUGCUAAUUUUAUGAGGUAUUCAUAUUAGUGUUAUGCCCCAUCACAAUAUUUCUGUCCCUCCUCUCAUAAAAGAAGCUUCAGCUGGGGAUAAGUGGCCAGGGAAUGGGCUCUAACAGGUUGGGUUGCUUGAAUCAGCAUUCACAGUGCAUCAGCUUUUCCAUUCAAAGCGCCUAAAGAUUUCGAUGUUUUUGUCACAUUGCAACCAAAAACAAUGUCUUUUCUGACUUUUAUCUUGUAAAUAAUUGGAAAAUUAGAAUGUUUAGAUAGAUAUGUAGUCUUCAAAGGUGUUUAGAAAAGAGAAUCUCUAUAGUUGAUACUGCUAUCACCAUGAUUUAACGUGAUCACAAUGUUCAUGGUGAUGAGGAUGCAGUUUAGUGUUUUUUCAACACAUGGAUGUUGCAAAAUAUUGACUCUGCAUGGCGUUUGAUGAAUUGCUAUUCUGACUAGAGAGAUGAGAUGUGCCAGGUUCUUAUUUUACUUGUGGGAAACUGCCAACAAGUGUAAUUUCUUUCAACACUGGCCAUUUUCUUUCCCCUUUUCCAUAAAGGCAGUGCAGGGAGUACCGACUUUAAAAUGUAAUGGCGUUUGUUAAUGUGUCUUUUUAUUUUUUAUUUAAGGGAAAUAAAAAUGUUAUGGUACUUGUAAUGACAUUGUGUUGCUGCCAUCUGAUUGAUUAAUGCAGUCUGUGUUGUAGGAGAGAACUGCUUUUUUUGUGUGUAAAUAGUCUAUUUUUCUUUGUUAAGCAUUGCACCUGUAAUAUAGCCAAUCCAAGCCUUUGAACAUCCGUCAAUAUUAAGUUCUAAAAUAUCUUGUUUGCUUUCUUGUUCUUUUAUUAAAACCCUUA